GUUUAUUCUCUUAUGUAAUUAACACCAGUCGGAUUUAUCACACUUUAUCCGUCGUGCCUUGUGGAGAACCGCUUCAUCCCGUGUUUCACCGUCGGUUCGCUCCCCGGUAGCCCCGCGGGCCCGCGGCCCCCCCCCCCCCCGAUCCGCCAUGCCUCCUCUCCGGGUCCUGUGCAUUCACGGUUACCGGCAGAACGGCGCCUCGUUCCGGGAGAAGACCGGAGCUCUGCGGAAGCUGCUGAAGAAACACGUGGAGCUGGUGUACCUGACUGCCCCCCUCAGCGUGCCGCCGGAGGUCACAGAUAAGGAGAGCGAGGCGGAGGAGGACUCCAGGGGUUGGUGGUUUUCUGACGUCCAGGCUCGGAGUUUCAGCGCUCGGCAGGAGUGCGAGGAAAGCUUGGGGCUCGACCAGAGCGUGGCGACGGUGAGAGAAGCCGUGAAGGCCCAGGGGCCGUUCGACGGCAUCUUGGGCUUCAGCCAGGGAGCGGCUUUCGUGGCCGUGCUGUGCUCCCUUCAGGAGAAGAACCUGGAGCCAGACUUCAGCUUCCGCUUCGCCGUCCUCGUCGCCGGGUUCCGCAGCGCCUGUAAGGAGCACCAAACGUACUACGACGCUCGUCUGCAGAUCCCCUCUCUGCAUGUGUUUGGACUGGAGGACAGAGUCAUCCCUGACUCCAUGAGCAGGGAGCUGCUGCCCUCCUUCCAGGACCCUCAGGUCCUCAUUCACCCAGGAGGGCAUUUCGUUCCUGCUGCUUCUGCUCACAGACAAACCUACCAGGAGUUUCUUAAGAAGUUCCAGUGAAGUGUGAAAAUCACUGAAACAUUAGAGCUGCAGUCGAAUAGGGAUAAUGCACUUAAUUCUAAUCAGGCAGUGUUGAUCAUUUGGUGAUUGGACACAUCUGUGAGAACAUAGAUUAAACUAUUAUGUCCGGUGAAAACUCAGAGUCGUGAACUUUUGUCUGUUUACAUGACUUACUGUGUCCUUCUCAGGGAAACAAUAAAUAACAUGACAACCUGUUUAUUCAAA